UAGCAUUGCCAACCAGUUGAACUGCAGUGCCUAAAAAGGUUAAUAACAAUGAAACCUGUCAUAGUAUUCGCCUGUGUUAUUCUUGGAGCUUGGGUAAGCCAGGAGUGUGAGGCUGCCAACGUUCUGGUAGUCGAAGAGCAAAAUCUCCACCACCUCCACGAUGCGUGUCAAUCCAACCCAGCUACCUACGCAGACCAUGAACUACUCCACCAUUUAGCAGAAAACAUUGACAACCCACAAGUAGGCGCUCACAUGUUGUGCGAGUCGACCAAAGUAGGACUUCAAAAGGAAAACGGCGAGCUGGAUCUGGAAACCAUUAAGAGCAAGGUUGCUCUGUCCGUGACCGACAGUGACAAAGUUGACCGCUUGGUGCAGGAGUGUGCCAUCAAGAAGAAAAGUCCUGAGAAGACGGCUAUCCACUUGUUUAUGUGUUUGGACAAGAAUGGGGUCACUUAUUUCCACGAAUUCUAGUAGGCGUAGCUGUAAGGUAUAAUUUCAUGUUUUUGUAAUGGUAUAAUUUAAUAAAUAGGUUUCUAAGUAGACUGUU